CAGCCAGACGUCGGCCGAACACGACGACGACGACGACGACGACGACUAUCAUCGCCGCGCGACCCCUCUCGUAAAAAGACGGUGCGUCGCAAUAUACGAAAUAAUAAUUCGUCGUAAGAGACGAAAACUACGUGACGACGACGACGACGACAACAACAACGACGACGACGACGACGACGACAACGACGACGAGGAGGAGGAGAAGGAGAAGGAGGAGGACAGAAGAACGACGGUCCGCAGGAUCGCCGGCAGUGACAGCGGUGACGGUAGGGGAGAAGGAGAAGCUGGACGACGUCGUCGUCUACCGUGCGAGCGUCGACGGCGACGAAGACGGUGGCGAGGCGGAAGAGACGGCGAAGGUGGAGGUGGAGAAGAAGAAGAAGGAAGAGGGACGUGAUCGUGGACGAUAACGCCCGGGGACGAUGAAAACGGCGCGCGCGACCGCGACGUGGACAGCUACGACGACGACGACGACGACGACGACGACGACGACGAGAACGAGAACGAACGGAGGUAAACGGAAGCCCCAUAUGACCGAUCUCGUUGCUGCGCUACACUGAGAGUUUCUUGUGCUUCUCGUGUCUGUGUGUAUGUGUGUGUUCGUGCGUGCGUGCGUGCGUGUGUAUACACGGUAAUCGUGUACAAGCGAGGAACUGAACUCUCUCCCUAAGGUGUGUGCAAACUCGAAUAAUUAUGAUGUCGCCGUCGGAUAAUAGCGUGCCGCGAAUGUGUGUCUAACGUCACUCCGCGACUAGGUCCUAUUCUCUAUAACGUGUGUCUCUAACGUGUGUCCCUACGUGUGCUGAUCUACGGGAAUUCCGUUAAAAAAAAAGUGCUAGCUAGAGCUAUCGCCGAUCUCUUCGCUCUCUUGUAAAAAAAAAAAAAAAAAAAAAUCGUCUCGUUUCGCGAAGUGCUCCGAUCCUCGGAUGCGUGCCGUUUCUCUCGCUCGUUCCGGUGUACCGUAAAGCUCUAUCUCGCUCGCGCACACGGACUCGUCGCCGUACACACGCUCUCUCGCUCUUUCGCUCUCCGUGUCUCUCCGUCUGUCCCGUGUGUCUCUCUCUCCGCCUGUGUUUGUCUGUCCGCCGCCCUGCGUGCGUGUUUCUCGCGUGCCUCUUGGCCACACACACCCGGAGACUCUCUCUUCUGCUCUCUCUUCUCUUCCUUGGGGCCACCACCGCGCGAUCGAUGUGACAUCGCUCCGUGCCGUGUUUAAAGUGCUCUCCUUGUUGUGUGUUCGUCGCGAUAUCGCGAAACUCUCGCGAGCGUAUCGCGCGAGCCGCCGAUCUACGCAUCGCGAACGGCGGAGGACGUUCGUUCGUUCGUUCGUUCAUUUGUUCUUGAGCGGGCGCAAGGAAACAAGACUGUGUUUGUACCUUUUUGGAAGAGAGAGUGUCUCUUACACGGAGAAGAGAAGUGUGUGGUUAUAUUACGUGCCCUGCGUGCGCGUACAUGCGACAGUAGUGAAGUGCCGACGGCAACGUCUCUCGCGUAUCUUGGGGCAGUGUGUGGUGCGCUUUCUCUCGCUCCGUCGUUCUCUUCUCUCUGUCUCUAUCUAUCUCUUUCUGCCUCCCCGUCUUUCCCUACCACCUCCUCCUCUCUCUCUCCUCUCCGGUGCCCUGCGCCCCUUCGCCCAUCGUCUUCCUUUCUUCCCUCCCUUAUCUUUUCGCUGUUCUUUCCUUCGCCUACCUUCCUUCGACAUUUCUUUCUUUCUCUCUUCUUUCCUAUCGGUCGGGAACGACCGUAGAAUGAGCGACAACACUUUCACGACUACCGUCGCUGUUGUCUGCUCUCGCAUUCCCUUUGUCGUUGCCGUCAUCGUCGUCUUCCGCGCCUACGCGUGUGUCAAACGUUGACCACGAGGCCGCGCCGCGAGUGAUCACGACAUUGUCGUCCGGUUGACGGUUUCAGUGAAGUCAAGUGUUGGUGAUCACUCGAAGAAGAUGGAGAUCGAAGCAAAACAGCGUAGCCAAAAGAAUCGCCGACGUGAGCGGGCGCAACGCAUGCUGGCUCAGAGGGAGAGCCUGGCCACCGCGAAGCAACAGCAACAGCAGCAGCAGCAGCAGCAACAGUCGCAACAGUCCCGACAAUCGAGACCGCCGAACGAUGAGGAAGACAGCCACAGCGGCGAGGACGAGGAUCCCGCCGGCGGUGGCGGCGGUGGUGGCGGCCUCGGGCUCACCAAGACCGGUCAUCCACGGGACGGACAUUCACGUCCGCCCAGGCCGCCACGACCCCCGAGGCCUCGCAAGAAGUCUUCCCUCGCGGCUGCCAACCAGAAGGAGCCACCCUUCGAGGAGGACAUUAUCGACGGAUUCGCCAUCAUCGCCUUCCGCACGUACGAGGAACUCGAGAGUGCAAUAAAGUUAGCUGGUAAAAAUAAUGUCAAGAAACUGCACUCAUUGCUAUCAGUAGUGGAGGAGAAGCCGAAAGUGGAUACAGGGCAGAAUAACAGGCACAACGAGCAUCACAUCAAAAACAAUUUCAAGCACAACCAUUAUACACAUAAUUCCAUACUGACACCUUCGACGCUAAACCAGGGCCUAGAUGCAGGUACAAGCGACGAUAGUGGCAGAGCGUCUGAACAAUUGCACGGCCCUGGUAUACCUAGGGAUUGCCAGGACGCAGACAGUUCCAGGGACCAUCUCAGCGAUGCUAGCAGUCAUUGCAGUUCGGGUAAAGGUUAUAUCUGUGAUAGUGAAGGAGAAGACGAUAAGGGCUCGGAUGCCGAAUCGAUACUCUUUGAAUCUUCUACCCCACCACCUCUUGCACGUAAAUACGAAUUGCCGUCUUCUUCGCCGCACGUUUUGCCACCCGCAAACGGCGCAGGCGGGUCUCCACCGGACACGGGUGGACAAAUUUCUAAUCCAGCAACGGAUGCUCCGGCACCUAUACCGCCUUCUGUGCCUGCCUCUGCACCAGUUCCAACAGCGCCGAGUCCUCCCAGCCCUACACUGCCCCCACACAUAUCCCAGCCUCCUAUGACUAGUCCUUUGGCAGCGAAUCCACGUGCAAUAGCUCCGCAACAGCGGCCAGCUUCCCCCGCCCUGCCACCGUCCUCCUUGUCCCAGCAGCCGCACACUACGAUACCUGCAUUGCAUCCACCUAAUGUGCCCCUCGUCUCGUCGAGUCAUACAACUAGUCCAGCGGUAGCCAGUUUAGGUGUCACGCCGGCGGCACCGUCGAAUGGAGCAGCUACCACAAGUUAUCCCCCGCCUAUCCCCAUAGCCGCGUACCCGCAAACACAACCGUCGUAUCCGCCGCUCUACACUCCGUACACCGCUUUAAAUCACAGUCCGUACCUACCCCCUGCGGUACCGUCUCCCUCACACUCUGCUUCGUCGCGCGCAGAUGUGAGAGGAAGUAGAGCUUCUCCCUGUACCAAUAUAAGUAAACAGACUGUAGGGAAUAAUCUUGCAAAUCACAACAAUACUCCGUUGAGCGCUGCCACCACGACAUGCGUAUCCACCAUAACUAAUACAGUUACCACAGCGAACUCCAUCGCUCAUAGAGACAUGGUGGCCUGCAGUCUGUCUGGACGAAACAAUAAUUCUCCACGUGGACACAGCCCUAAUCGAGAAAGAGAUAGUUACAGCAGCAACGUGAGUAGUCUAAGUCGAGGCAGUAUAACGCCUGUUAGUGUGCCAAACACCUCCUCUCCAGCCAAUUCUAGUCUACCUGCAUAUACCAAGCCACAAGGUUGGAUCAGCAGCAACACAGCUUCCCAAUUAUCUCCGGCGACAGUUACAUCCGUGCCGAGGCCGACUCCACCGCCGGUACCACUUGGGAUACACACAUUUCCUCCGCCGAUGUUUGCGGCGCCUUUGCCGCCGCCUGUGUCUAGCUCGAGCCCGCAUACUUCACUGCCUUCACUUCCUCCACCGACGACCAAUCCGAAUCCAUUCUCCGCGGAAUCUCUAUUCCAAACAAAAGGGGUAACACAUGUUCCAGGUCAGGCGGAUCUUCUGAGAAGAGAACUUGAUAACAGAUUCUUGGCAUCUCAGGACAGAAAUGUUGGAGUUGACGUGGGAAAUCUAGGUCCAACGGCAUAUCUUCGAACGGAAAUGCAUCAUCAUCAGCAUCAACACACGCAUGUUCAUCAACAUACAACGCCAUUGUUGCCACCAGCGGCAGCGACAACGCUUUUUCCACCUCCACUUUUUAAGGAUAUCCCAAAGUUAGGAUCAGUCGAUUCGCCAUUUUUUCGUGGUAAUUUAAAUAUUUCUGGUUAUUCUGGUUUCAACACUGGUCUUCUUCAUCACGGCAUAGGUCCUUCAACACCUUUUGUGCCGUCUAAUCAUAUAUCGCAAUUUGCGACAAGAAAAACUGGAAAAUGGAACGCAAUGCAUGCGCACAUUGCGUGGGGUAUAUUCCGUAUUCAGCAGAAGCAAGCUGCUGACGCUAAGGCAGGAAGUGUUGUUAGUACUAAAACUGAUUUGUUGAGACCACCAGGGCAUCUUUAUCCAGGAGGACCAGGCAGUGGACUUGGAAUGGGUGCGCCGUCAAUGGCACCUCCAUUUCCUACUAACAUGCCACCGACUCAUCCUGCGCCACCUCCGCCUCAUCCUGUUGGUUUUCUAUCGUCACCAGCUUCACAUUUAGGUAAUAGAGGAACAGGAAUGUCUCCUUUUGGAAGGUAUCCUUCAACAUAUGGCGCGCCGAAUCCCAAUUUUCCGAGUCUUUCAACUUUUCCGCCAAGAGAAAUGCCAUCUUUAGGUGGACUUGGUUCAGUGCACGAUCCAUGGCGAGGAUUGCAACGUGCUACUACUGGAUUUCCACCGACUACCGUAUCGUGGGGACCAGGAUUGAAACCGGAACCGUCACCGAUAGACAGACGUGCUGAAUUGGAGGAACGGGAACGCGAAAGAGAACGUGAAAGAGAACGUGAACAACAACGGGAGCGUGAACGCGAACGCGAACGUGAACGCGAGCGUAUCAAACGUGAGGAGGAAAGAAAGAGAGAAGAACAGCGUGAAAGAGAUAGGCGAGAAAGAGAACGCGAGAAAGAGGAGAGGAGGAAACAACAAGAAGCGGAACGUGUCGAACGGGAAAGGCGGGAGAAGGAGCGCCGCGAAUUAGAGAGACGCGAAUUGGUGGAACGCGAGAGACUACUGCAUCAAAAUCGGCAACACGCGACAAUGUCCAGAGACCGAUCGCCGCUUAGAAACGGUUCAGCGCCUCUGGAUACCGGAGAAGUGCGUGUGAAGGAAGAACCGCGCAGCAAAGAUGAUGAGGUUGUAAUGCUUCCACGACCGCCAGUACCCGGUCCUGGAGCGGCAGUAUCCGCGCCAGGACCCGUACCAAAUCCACUGCCCGAUCCGAGAUAUCAUCAUCCGCAUCCGCAUGCCUAUCUCACUAGACAUCCACACGGUAUGCCGGGUUCGCAUUCCAUGCCGCGUAGCAUGCUUCCCAGUUUAAGCGCACACCCGAUACAACAUUUUCCACCGCCAUCCGCGCCUACCGGUCAACCGGGAGCACCAUGGCCGGGCGAUCCUUUCCGGGAUUAUCGGUACGACCCGUUGCAGCAAUUACGAUACAAUCCGUUAGUGGCAGCCGCGGCGUUCAGAGCGGAGGAAGAAGAACGGGCGAAACUGUAUGCCGCUGGCUAUCCACCUCCACCGGUGAACGCUCUCAGAAGUAAAGAUCCUAGUCCGGGUCCGCUUAGCAACUUACAUAUGCAUCAUAGAGCGGGGCCCGGUCCGGGAGUGCCGACGCGUCCGCUUGAAAAUGCCCUUAUGCACGCAGAUAUUCACAAGAAGGAGGACGGAUCCCAGUCUCGAUGAUACAUCCCGUCUUCAUCGGUUUGCGCGAGCGAACGUACCAACGGACCGACAUUCUGAGCCACUCCCCACUCCUCAGCAAUGCUCAGAACUCAAUAUUUUGCUAACAGAGAGAAGCGUUAUUUAAAACAAAAAACAAAACAAAGUGUAUAUACAGAUAUAUUAUAUAUACAUAUUAUAUAUAUACAUACAUAUAUAUAUAAUAUUUAUAAUUAUCGAGAAACAGUACGAAAUCGCGUAGAACUUCUACAAGAGAACGUAACAAAGAUGCCUUGCUAAGAAUGAUGACAGGUGUUCGGUCAAUAACUGUGGCUACGGAGGCAUCGCUAAUGUGUCACACAAAUAAUCACGUUGACAUUUAUAUGUGAUUUCUGCAGUUUCGGUGAUCUGACUGUCUAUAGUAGUAACGAGCCCCAAUUAUUACGACGAUAACUAUGCAUACAGUUUAAAACAAAAAAAAAAAAAAAAAAAGUAUCGUGUGUAAUAUUACUAGUUACUAUAGAAUAUGAAGCGAUGGCUACGUAAAAAAAAAAAAAAAAAAAAAAA